AUGGGCGCCUGCGCCUCAGCUUCGCGGCCGCCGCCGUCGCCGCGCCACGGCUGCUCUCCGCCGACGCCGACGAUGACAUGGACGGCGUCGACGUGCACGACGCCGAUAGCGCAGGGCGCGCACGCGUUCACCGUCUACCAGCACGGCCUCGUCAAGAGGACCACCGCCGCCGGCGAGUUCGUCCGGUCGGGAACCUUCGCCGUCGGCGGCUACGACUGGGCCGUCAGGUACUACCCCAACGGCGACAGCGCCGCCGAGGCGGCGUGCCGCCAGCCGUCGGUGGUCCUCGAGCUCAUGACCGCCGACGCCGCGGCGUCCGUGGUCUACGAGCUCAAGGCCGUCGACCAGGUCACCGGCGAGCGCCUCGUCCUCCGCGAGGACAAGACGGCGGCGUUCGACACCAGGAACGGCCAGUUCAGCUGCUCCGGCGUGCAGUUCGUCGAGACGCCGGCGUUCCUCGCCGGCGACUUCCUCUCGAUCGAGUGUAUAGUCACGAUCUUCGGCGAGCCACGCGUCUCAAAGACGAACAAGAUGCCACAGCCGCCGCCGCCGCCGCCGCCGCCGCCGGCGGAGACAAGCGAUGUCUCAUAG